UUCUCAGUUUGCAUAUUUUCACAGACACAUAUCCUUUUCAUUAUAAAGCAAGUAUUUCGUUCAUAAUCUGAAGCCAUGGAAGUAAAUAGCAGUGAACUGAGAACUGUGAGUGAUUUUGAAAAAGCUGCCCUCGACAGAUGUCUGGACAACGUUGGAAAGAUUUACUUUUCAGCCGGAGCCAAUACGCCUUCAACGCCAAAGGAUAACGAAGAAGCUUUGAAAAGCUACAGAAUUGUGCCACGAAUGCUCCGUGACGUGGCGGGAGCAAAUAUCGAAUGCAAUAUUUUAGGAAAUGGGAUGUGUAGUCCUAUUGGGGUGUCCCCAACUGGAUGUCUGUUUCUUGCCCAUCCACAAGCAGAAGUUGCUGCUGUUAGAGGUUGCCUUAAAGAAGGAUGCAUUUUUAUUUUGAGUUGCUUGUCCUCUACCACACUUGAAGAGGUGGCGAACAUUGUCCAUGAAGUGGAAGGCAAUCAAGCAGUUCUGUGGUUGCAAUUAUAUAUAUUCCGCAAUCGUUCACUAACCUUGAAUCUCUUGAAAAAGGCUGAAGAGUUAAACUUCUCUGCUGUAGUAGUAAGCGUUGACUCGCCAAUUGGUGGACUGUGGAAGAACGUCAUGCCACAAAAUUUUCUUGAUGUCCUAAAACCUAAGUUGCCUAACAUACCUGGGCCAGCUCGACAGCUUUUAGAUGAUACCCUGACAUUUCGAGAUCUUGUGUGGCUCAAAGAACAUACAAAACUUAAUAUUGUUGCAAAGGGAGUAAUGUCAGGUUAG